UGGUGAUUGCCUCGCUCUCAACUCAAACCUGACCUCCACCUCAUCAGCGAACCAACCGCACCAAACCGAGCGAAACCAUGGCCGCCGCGCCGCCGCCUCUCCUGCUCGCGGGCCUCGCCCUCGCCGCCCUCGCCGCCGCGGGGUGGCCCUCGGCGGUGACGGCGGCGCUGGAGGACCCCGCGGGGCUCCUGCGGCGGGCCAAGGAGCCGGGGUUCGCGGACUGGAUGGUCGGGGUGCGGCGGCGCAUCCACGAGAACCCGGAGCUGGGGUACGAGGAGUUCCAGACCAGCGAGCUCGUGCGCCGGGAGCUUGGCGCCAUGGGGAUCCCCUACAGGCACCCCUUCGCCGUCACCGGAGUGGUCGCCACGGUCGGCACCGGCGGCCCGCCCUUCGUCGCGCUGCGGGCGGAUAUGGACGCGCUACCCUUGCAGGAAAGCGUGGAAUGGGAGCACAAGAGCAAAGUUCCUGGGAAAAUGCAUGGAUGUGGACAUGAUGCUCAUGUUGCUAUGCUCUUGGGAUCUGCCAAGAUUCUUCAGGAGCAUCGUGAUGAGUUGAAGGGAACAGUUGUCCUUGUUUUCCAACCAGCCGAGGAAGGUGGUGGUGGGGCCCAGAAAAUGAUAGAAGCUGGAGCUGUGGAAAACAUAGAAGCCAUUUUUGGGCUUCAUGUAGCUGACUCUGUGCCUAUUGGUGUACUGGCAUCCAGACCAGGGCCUAUUAUGGCUGGGAGUGGAUUCUUUGAGGCUGUAAUUAGUGGAAAGGGAGGGCAUGCUGCACUUCCUCAUCACACUAUAGAUCCGAUAUUGGCUGCCUCAAAUGUUAUUGUGAGCCUUCAGCAACUUGUUUCCCGGGAAGCUGAUCCCUUGGACUCCCAGGUUGUAACAGUUGGAAAAUUUCAAGGAGGUGGUGCCUUCAAUGUUAUCCCUGAUUCAGUAACAAUAGGUGGCACCUUCCGAGCCUUUUUGAAAGAGAGUUUUAAUCAAUUGAAGCAGCGAAUUGAAGAGGUGAUUGUCUCUCAAGCAUCCGUGCAGCGGUGCAGUGCUACUGUGGACUUCCUCAACAAGGAUCGCCCUUUCUUCCCCCCAACCAGCAACAGCGCCGAGCUCCAUGAUUUCUUUGUGAAUGUGGCCAGCGAGAUGGUUGGCUCCAAGAAUGUGAGGGACCGGCAGCCGCUGAUGGGUGCCGAGGACUUCGCCUUCUAUGCCGAUGCGAUCCCCUCCACCUACUACUACUUCGUGGGAAUGUACAACGAGACCCGUGGACCACAGGCGCCCCAUCACUCCCCCUACUUCACCAUCAACGAGGAUGCCCUCCCCUAUGGCGCGGCUGCGCAAGCAGCGUUGGCUGCUCGCUAUCUGCUCGAGCACCAGCAGCCUGCUGCUACCCUGGAUAAGGCAAAAUCCCAUGACGAGCUGUAGAUAGUUACUGUCUGCUUAAUUGAAUUCUGGUGAGAUGCAAAUGAUAGCGAAUUAGAUUGAGCCAUUAAAGCUGAAUUUUCGGCUGGUCAGCCUUAUCUUUCGCCAAGUUAUUAAGAAAAUGUACAUAUAUUCUGAUAUUUGCACACUUCGAUAAUAAUCGUUUGCUCGUCGAUUGCGCACUCCGUCA